CUGGCGAUUUGCCGCAUGGAAGUCGCCAAGGCACGGCACAAGAAUACCGGCUGUCUGAUCCGGACUUCUCUCCAGUUGCCGACCACUGCUCGAGCAAACCAAACACACUCACACUUACUGGAAUUCAGCUGGAUGUAACGGCAUUUUUCCUGCCCGCACCGACUAAAACGGGAGAAUAUAGUGCGCAAGAGCCACAGCUUGUAAACAUUUGGCUGCGCAGAGCGUAUUCCGCUCUAUUUCUGUUCGUUUUCCUUGGUCCCCUCGUCCCCCCCCCGUCCCCCCAUCCACCUCUCCUGAACGGACAAACCGGGGACCGCGGAGGUGAUUUCCACGGCAUGGAGUCCUGAUGCGUUUCUUUUUACCGAGCGAAACGCCGCGGGAGCGAUGAAACUGAGAAGAAAACCAGUCGCCGGGGGUGAAUAUUAAUGAACCCAGUCCCGACAGUGUCAUCCGUGUGAUGUUGCAGCAGAGUUUGAGACUCUAAAGUGCAUCACAACUUUUCCUGCUCCCCGAUUUUAGGCUCUCCCCCUCUCUCUCUCAUCGUUUUCGGACUUCUAUUGUCGUGACUGAUUCGCAGCACUUCACUCUGUCAUGGACCGCUCGACAUCUUUGGAUAUAGAAGCGCUCAAGGGGUGGGAGUAAGUCACACGUGCAAGUCACAAGCAAGUCACAAGUCUUCACCUUCAAGUCUCAAGCAAGUCCCAAGUUAGUGAUGACCCAGGAGCAGUAUAUCCUCGCCGCGCAGCCCAACCCGCUCCACCAACGAGCGCCAUCCAUGUGCGGCGCCCAGGUUUACCCAGCGGUGGGAAUCUACGGGUGGAGGAAAAGAUGCCUGUACUUCUUCAUCCUCCUCCUUCUCGUCACCAUGAUCGUUAACCUUGCACUGACCAUCUGGAUCCUUAAAGUCAUGAAUUUCACCCCAGAUGGCAUGGGGAAUCUGCGGGUGACAAAGGAAGGCGUCAGGUUGGAGGGAGUGUCCGAAUUUAUACUGCCUUUGUAUGUGAAAGAGAUCCAGUCGCGCAGGGACAGUCCACUUAUUCUUCAGUCAGACAGAAAUGUGACAGUCAAUGCUAGAAAUGAUCAAGGACAACUGACCGGUCAACUAACCGUGGGCUCAGACAUGGUGGAGGCUCAGUGUCAGAGGUUUGAGGUGAGAAGUACAGAUGGAGAGCGAGUUCUGUUCUCGGCAGAUGAAGAGGAGAUAAGCAUCGGUACUGAGAAACUCAGAGUUACAGGGAAUGAAGGUGUCGUGUUCAGCCAUUCUGUAGAGACGUCACAUGUAAGGGCAGAGCCCUUCCAGGACCUAAAGUUGGAGUCCCCGACUCGGACUCUUACCCUUGAGGCCCCCAGAGGCGUCGAGGUCAACGCUGGAGUGGGAGACUUCACAGCGUCCUGUAGGAAAGACCUCCUCCUGCAGUCCUCAGAAGGAGAGAUCUUUCUAGAUGCCAACACCAUCAGGCUGGGCAACAUUCCCCUCGGCAGUGCUGUGGAUCCCCUGGAGGGGGCACCUGCAGGUACCACCUACACUAAACAGACUGUCUACGAGCUGUGUGCCUGCGCUAAUGGUAAGCUCUACCUGUCUCCAGCUGAGAAAGGCUCUACCUGCCAAACCACAAGUAACUUUUGUCUCUGGAGCUGAAAGUAUAAGGUGGACAUAUGGACCCAGGACAAAUGGACUACUUUCGAAGUACGAAGCUCAUGCUAGCCAAGAGACUGAAUCCUCCUGAAUCAGGGCUUGGAGGGAUACUAAUGCCAGCUAACAGAUCAAAUCAACAUGGAUUGUGGCAUGGCCAGAAGUUCGUGUCCAUUAACCAACCAAAUACUAUAUGGCUUACAGCUUGGCAGAGAGUUUAACGCUUGCUAACAGACCAAAUCAACAUGGACUGUGGCAUGGAGUGAUGCUAAUGCCAGCUAAAGGACUGGAGCUUGGACAAGAGCUUGGUGAGAAGCGACCUCACCAACCAAAUUAAUAUGGAUUGGUCAGUAGCUAAUGAAUUCAAGUUGAUGGAUGACUCAGCAGGAAGCAAAAGCCAACUAGAUGGGUUUGUGAGUUAAAAGCUAAGAUCACGCAUGGAUGGUCAUGGAUGGACAGUCUCUCUCCAAGAUGCUCAGUGGCUGCCUCUGCCAUCAUUGAAUAGGUGCAACGAUUGUGUCUGAAAGCUACAAAGGUUACAUUUGGGGGGUUUGCUUGACAACAGCCAACUUUUACAAACAACGUGAAUUGUGUUCACCGUUUAACCAAAAUGAUCUAGAAAUCACACCGGCUUUUGUAAGGAUGCUAAGAUGUGGACAAGCAUAUUUGCCAGCGGGGACUGAUGUACCCUGCCUUAGAAUUGUGGGUUAUCUGUUGGCUAACUGACAUCAGUAAAGACUUUGGUCUAGCUCAGCAAGUAACUAACAAUUAAAUCAAACAAUGGUUUAUUCUAGUGGGAAGCUAGCUAAUGGACCAAUCUAUACCAGUAAGGCCUUCCCCCUCCUCCCCAUAUAAUAUUAAACCUAAAUGUUGAAGUUUGACCCUUCCACGUUAACAUGCAUCCUGUAGUGACUGCUGUAUGUUCUUUAACUCCACUCCAUUGGAUAGACAAAGCAAAUAACUGUGCUUCAGUCUUGUAUCCACCAGCUUUUCCCCUAUGCAUUCUCUGAUUUGCAUUUUUAAUGUUCUUGUAGUUCUUUCUGGUCUCCUUUACCAUAUUUUGCCACCAUUUCCAUUUUUCUCUUCUCCAUGUUCAUGUAAUCACAGUUGUAAUGAUGCCCCCCACCCAAUGUCUGUCUACAUAUCUUUUGAGUUCCACUGUGUAGUACAAAAGAAAAAAGAAAAUGAAGAUACAGUAAAAGGUUAUUCCGGUUACAAUAAGGUAUUAGUUUUUGUUUGGUGCUGUGGUGAACAGACAUUUUAUGGUAUGAAUCUAAUAUCUAGACACGUAGCACUCAGGUGAUCGUCAGAGCAAGUCUGAUCUUGUUUGAUGUAUUAUACAUCUUCAUCCAAAAUAGCUUACCUGUUAGAGUUUUUCAUUGCUUUUGCAUGACUUUUUUUGCUCUUGUGUCGUCCCCCCUCCAUCUUUUAUUUUAAUUUUUCCCUUGCUUAGCUUCCUUACCGCUCUCAUUUCUUUUGAGCAGUCAUAUUUGAAAUUUGGUCUUAUCCCAUGUUUAUCUAUCUAUUCAUCAGCACUCACAUCUCUUUUGGCAUCAACUCAAUAUCUCAAUACUCAAAUAAUUGCUCCUCCAAUCUUUCUCCAUUCAACUCUUCAGCAACAUAAGCAAGCAAAUUGUAAUCAAUUUUGUACUGAUAACUUGGAGUUUGGCAACAAUUUAAGUCAGCUGGUCGAGUGUUUUCCACCUAUUUGUGGGAAAUCCAAAAGCAUUUCUGGUCUAAAUGACAUCUGAAGUCUGAAGUUUUUUUUUUUAAUCACUCUUACCCUACCUGUAAGGUUGUACUCAGCCAGUGUAUGGAGGAAACCAAUUACAGCCAAUCUAAUACAGUCAUUUGUGGCACUAGUGAAAGGUUAUUGCCAUUAAUUUGUUAAUUAAUGACAAAUAACAACCCUGGAAAUGGGCAGAUCUAACAGGAAACCUAGACUUUGUGACAAAAAUGCAGUUAAAGUUAAAGUUCUGGUUAUUUUCAGUUCAGAUAUUAGGGACAUUGUUUUAAGUCCUCUCCAAGUCAACAUCCCAUGACCCCUUUCAGAAACCCCCAGUGUGAGGCGGUGUAAUGAGUACAAUCAUUUGAGCACACCCUCUCGUCCCACUUUUUAAAUUAUAAGAACCACCACUCUGAGGCAAAACGUAUCCAGCUUCUUCCUUUUUACCUCUACAAGAUAAAUGAAUGAGGCUCCCAUGAGUCUACAAAUCUUAACCUAGGUCCAAGAGUUCACCAAGAUGUUCUUUUCACUAGCCAACACUCUCUUCCUUUGCCGAGUAUCUUUCCCCAAAUUCCAUGUCCUAAAUUCUUCUAUGACGAAUGAGGUUUUCUAUAGGACACAUUUGAAGAUGUUGCUGAAAGAAGCACUGAGAGGCCAUUCUAAUUACAUAUUUGUGUUGCUAUAAACCAUAUCGCAGCCUCUCCAUUAUCAGAACCAAUGAUUGAUCAUUGACGUGAGGCCCUGGGUGUUCUUGUACCAUCUACACUGAAGUAACAUGCUCAAAUGUGGUGUUUGAAAAGCAUAUCAUUCCAAAAGACAUUAAUAUUACUCCCAGUCAUAACCCAAUAGAUUUCUCUAUCAUUGUCCACAUGAGUGUUGAAGGCUCCCAUGCGAACUAUAGAGUCCUAAGUUGAAACCCUUUCCACGACCGCACUUUGAGACUCCAAAACACACACAAACCCCUCCAUCAUGUUGAGAUGACAUUUCAGAUGUGUCUUUAUUGGUGUGAAUGUUCUCAAGCUGGCUAACAUAGAAGUUACUGGAAUCUUUGGUAGGAAUUAUGGGUACAUAAAUAUGGUUAUAUGUGAAUAGACUCCGCUGGAUUGAGGCCCUGAGACGUACUUUCUUUUUUCUUUAUCUUUUUCUUUUUCUUUA